GCGUGAGAUAAUGUUAUCACAUCAUAAUUUGAGCCCAAUACAAUACAAUAGUCCAAUAAACACAUUGCGUUUUUCCUUAUAGUCCAAAACCCGGAACCAUAUUCUCCAUCGAAUCGGAUCCGGUAAAAUUGAAUGGUCAAGAUUUGCUCAGUAGUUCAAUGUCACAUCCAAACCGUCGUAGCUAGGGUUUUCAUAGUAAUAAUCUUUAAAACCCUCACUCUUCCGCCCACUAUAUUCCACACUUAAUCCCUGCGCAUAUUAGCGAGUGUCUCCGGCGCCGUGGCUAGGGUUUUUCGUCCGGCUCCAUCGCAAAGGCGCAAAGAUGUAUACUGCAUUGCAAAAGAUUCACAAGGAAAAGGAUGCCGAACCCACUGAGUUUGAGGAGAAUGUAGCUCAGGCCUUGUUUGAUUUGGAGAACACAAAUGGAGACAUUAAGAGUGACUUGAAGGACCUUUACAUUAACUCUGCCUUGCAAAUUGAUGUUUCUGGAGGCAAGAAGGCAAUUGUGAUCCAUGUACCCUACCGGUUGAGGAAAGCUUUCCGCAAAAUCCAUUCUAGGUUGGUUAGAGAACUUGAGAAAAAGUUCAGCGGAAAGGAAGUUGUUGUCAUUGCUACUAGAAGGAUUGUGCGUCCACCAAAGAAGGGUUCUGCUGUUCAAAGGCCUCGAUCCCGUACUCUCACAUCUGUUCAUGAAGCUAUGCUUGAGGAUGUAGUUUAUCCAGCUGAGAUUGUUGGCAAGCGUAUCAGAUACAGACUCGAUGGGUCAAAGAUCAUGAAGGUAUUCUUGGAUCCCAAGGCAAAGAAUGACACAGAGAACAAGCUCGAGACGUUCUCAGGAGUCUACAGGAAGCUAUCGGGGAAAGACGUUGUCUUUGAAUUUCCCAUGACAGAUGCCUAAAAAUCUUGCAAUCCUAGUUGUGCUGUCAUCUUUUAUGCUAUUGCAAGAAAUAUACAUUUAGUAUGGGGGUAUUUGAAGUUUUGACGAAAGAGAAUUGGGGUCCUGUUUUUCACCAAAAUUUGUUAAACCUGUGUUGUUUUAAUUGAAGUUUCUCUUUUUGGAGGUUCGCUUAUUUGCAUUAAGUAAAGACAUUUGCUUCACUGAGUUGUUACCGCCGAAGUAUGAAUAGUAUUAUUGAUAGUGUUUGAUGAUUUAUUUUUCUUCUAA